AUGAAGACAAAACAUAACAUCAAGAAAAGGUUGGAAACAGAAGUCAUACGGAUGUGUCAUAUGUCUGAAGUCAAAAGACCAAAUAUUUGUCAGUCUGGCAAACUCAUAAACUUCCCCUAACUCCUCGGAUCUGUCUCAUGUCUCUAGAUCCUUAUUUUUCGCUGCUUUCUCUCUUUUUUUUUCUUUUUUUUUCCAUUUUUAGAAAACAGAGUAUACAAACAGAAACGCUCACGUUUCUUUUUGUUCUCUUUGUGUGUUCCAUACGUGAUUUGUUCUCCGUUUGCUCUAAACGGAGUUACAAGGCGGAAGAACCACCGUUGUCUCUGCGGCCGGAAAGACCGAAGAUAUGGGAGCCGGUGGAAGAACGUUCGAUACUGCUCACGUGCUCUCCGCCACGUGGCAUGAAAAGCACGUGCGUCCUAUAGCCGACGACGACUCUUUCCUCCGGAGAGGCAUCGGAGAGCUUCUUUCGCGGUGGGGCGGGCUUCAGAUGGCCGUGAAGAAUCAAUGGGGAGGCCACGAUUCUCUCAAGAAAUCUCAAGAGCUUGCUCAUCAUCUUUAUCUUCUUUUCUCUCAAUCAAAUGCAGUGGUUACGGUGGAAGAGAUUGAGAAUUUGCUACACGAAAGCUUGCUUCUUUCUUUCAAUACAGAGAUUGAAGAUGGCAGCAUUGAAGAGGUAGCAGAACAAUUGAUGAUACUCCAUGAAGAACAUUUGAUUGGGAUUCAUUAAGCGGUAGAGCUUGAAGCGUAUAGAUCAUUUUAGGUUUCAUAAUCUGAUCUUCCCUUUUGUAGUUGUCAAUGUAACAUACAGAGAAUAUGAAAAUUUUUGGCGGAGAACAAGAUGUUAUUAAUCAGACAUCAUAAAAUAUAUGAAUAUAUAGAUCAUCUAUGUUCACUUACUUGAUGUAAUCAUUUGUAUUUGUGAAUUGUGAUGAACAGUUUUCGCCUAAUGUAAUUUCAUAUUAUACCCGGUAAGACCAUCCUCCCUCCAU